CACGCAUCCAGCCAUGGCACCUACAAUCACUGCAGCAGUCUGCAACUCUCAGCAGCACGUGACACUCACACACAAGCUCAGAAAGCCUCUGGUGGAGAAGUUACGCCGACAGCGAAUCAACAGCAGCAUCGAGCAGCUCAAGUCACUCCUGGCUCCGGAAUUCCUCACGCAGCAGCCGGACUCCAAGCUGGAGAAAGCAGACGUCCUGGAGAUGACCGUCUGCUUCUUUACGCAGCUGCAAGGAAGACUUCCGGAGCACCUCCAGCAGCUUCAAUCUUCCUGUGAGGGGAAGCUGAGAGAGGAGGACUUCUCACCCCUGAGCGCUCCAGUCCACAGCAGCAUCACUAAGGAGGAGAGCUCAGUUCCCAGCGCCCCCUGGAGGCCCUGGUAGACACAGACAGACUGACAGGGACAUGGUCAAAGAUGGCUGCUCUGAUUUCUUCACUCUUGAAGUCGCGUCUUCUUCUGUUUGGACAAAAGCUAUAUUUGUAUUUCUUUUAUUUCUUAUUAGAAAUAUUGGAGAAGGUAUCUUGUCAUGCAUGAUGCAUGAAUCACAUUUGAUUGCUAUUUGGCAGUUUUUAAAAUAUAUUUUUUAUGGAAAUUGUAACAAACUGUACAAUAGUAUUGAUCAUAUUGAUCAUCAGUCCUCGACAUGAGACAGUUAUAUUUUACUUUAUUAUUUUGCUGAAUGACUUUUCCAGUGGAAACAACAGCAGUAAUAUUUUUCACUUUUGGAAUGAAAACAUUUUGUCAUGCAUGAUGCAUGGAUCAUAUCAUUUGAUUGCGUUUGCAACCAAUAGUUUGUGAGGCUAUUUAUAAACCAUUUUUGCGGAAAUGGCAUCUUACUUUGUUUGUAAUCACGUUGAUUUUCCUUGACAAACCAAAAUAUACUUUUGAUUUUGCUGGAUGAAACAAUAGCAAAAAAAGGAGUAAAGACUAACUGAUUUUGCUAUAUAUUUUUUAAAAUAAUCUUUGCCAUUCACGUACAUUAUGUAUGUAAAUGUAAAUUUGACCACAUUGUGUUAAAUCGUGAUGUUAUUGAUCACAUUGAUUCCUAAUUGUGCAUUCAGUGGACCUAAUUGUAUGUGGAACAAGUGUAAAAAAAGUUAUCAAAAGUUAUCACUCUGUGACAAAGGACAUUCUGAGCAGCUUUAAGGUUGUUCAUUUCAGACAAAUUAUUGUCUUUACUUUGUGCAUUUGAACAGACUGUGUUCCUAUAUUGUGUCUUUUAUAAAGACAAAUGUUUGUUUACAGCUACUUGUGUGAUGGAUCAUCACUUUAUGAAAAC